AAGCACGGCGUCACCGACCUCGACACGGCCCGCGUUUACGCUGGCGGCAAGUCAGAAGAGCUCUUUGGCUCGCUCCCUCCCGAUCAGAAGGGCGAAUUCCGCAUCGCGAGCAAAGCGCCAGCCUUCUCUGCGGGGUCUCUCCGAUACGAGAAGGUGAUUGAGAAUUGCAAUCUCUCCUUGAAGGCGCUGGGCCUGGAGAAGAUACCCCUCUACUAUAUCCACGGCCCAGACAAAGAGACGCCUCUUGAGGAGCAAUGUCGCGCCAUCACUCAGCUCUACAAAGAGGGCAAGAUCGAACAGUUCGGCGUGUCCAAUCUCUCGCCGGACAUUGUCGAGCAAAUCUGCUCCCUCUGCGCUGACAUGGGCGGGCCAAAGCCCUCCGUCUACCAAGGAGGGUACAAUGCGCUGCACCGCAGAGUCGAGGCUGAGCUUUUCCCCACGCUGCGCAAGCACGACAUCGCUUUCUACGCUUGGGGCCCGCUGGCGGGUGGGGCUUUGGCGAAGCCUAUUGAGGAGCUGAAGAAGCCAAAGAAGGGGACUAGGUACGAGGCGAUGCCUAUCUUCGAGAGCUUGUACCUGAAGGAGGAGAUGUUGACUGCGCUGGAGAAGCUCACUGAGGCUUGCAACAGUGCAGGCGUGCCUCUGCACGAGGCGUCGAUCAGGUGGAUCGCGCACCACUCGGCGCUGCGUGAGGAGGAUGCAGUCAUCCUUGGUGCCUCGUCGAAUGAGCAGCUCGAGCAAAGCUUGCUGGCCAUCGAGAAGGGGAAAUUGGACGAGGUCUUGCAGAGCGCGUUUGAGCAAUUGUGGGAGGAGGUCAAGGCUGUGGCCAAUCCAUUU